AUGAACACAAAUAAGAAGAUACCCACACCCGAAGAAAUUGAAAAAGAGUUCCAAGAAUUCGUACAACAGAAAUAUGGCGGCAGCGUCCGUUUAAUUAACGCAUCUGCCGGCGAACCCGCGCCUGAAGCAGAAGAAGAAGUACCUGAACCGAAAAAAAACUUCGAUCUGAAAUUCGAUCUCAAACCGAAGGAGAUUAAGCAAUAUCUCGACCGAUACGUGAUUCAACAGGACGAGGCAAAGAAGGCACUCGCUAUCGCUGUCUGUGACCACUACAACCACGUUCGGGAAUGCCAUGAAGAUCCAACUGCCGCCGAUGCUGACUAUUCAAAGCAGAACAUCGUUAUGCUCGGACCAACCGGCGUCGGUAAGACAUAUCUCAUCCGACACAUCGCCAAACUCAUCGGCGUGCCGUUCGUCAAAGCGGAUGCGACUCGAUUCAGCGAGACAGGUUACGUUGGUGCGAACGUAGACGACCUAAUCCGUGAAUUGGUAACCCAAGCCGAAGACAACCUCGAAUUGGCGCAAUACGGAAUCAUCUAUCUCGACGAAGCGGAUAAAAUCGCGACACCGCCAAAUAUCAUCGGACGUGAUGUGAGUGGGCGCGGUGUACAGAUCGGGCUUCUUAAACUGAUGGAAGAAACCGAAGUCAUGCGCGCCGCCAUGGAAUUUCAGAAAAGCGGCAAGGUCGAAAAAGAGGUCAUCAACACACGGCACAUCCUUUUCAUCAUCAGCGGUGCGUUCACCGGUAUGACAGAUAUUAUCAAGAAACGCUUGCACCAAAGCAAAAUCGGUUUCAAUGCUGAAAUCAUCAGCCAAACCGAUGAUCGGCACAGUAUCUCGAGAGCGUCACACCGAAAGACUUCAUCGACUUCGGCUUUGAACCCGAAUUCAUCGGGACGACUCCCAGUCCACGUCAUUUGUACGGAACUCGGCGUAGAUGACCUCUUCUAUAUCCUGAAACACUCCGAAGGCUCUAUUAUUCGGCAAUAUGAAAACGCUUUUCGCGCGUAUGGCAUCACAACUCUGUUUUCAGACUGCGGUUUACGACGAAUCGCUGAAAAAGCCAUUGCGCAAAAAACAGGGGCGCGUGCCUUAAUGACGGUUUGCGAAAAGGUUUUGCGCAACUACAAAUUUGAACUCCCCUCCACCAGUGUCGAGGAAUUUGUUGUCACCGCUGAAGUUGUCGAUGCCCCUGACACCGAACUCAAACGGAUAAUCGAAGAUCACAACUACAACCGCAGGAUCGUGAUGUGUGAACAGGUUCGCCGAUAUGAGGCACAGUUCUACACAGAACAUCAAUUGCAAAUUCAGUUCGAUGACGAAGCGACUGCGCUCAUUUGUGAACGUUCGAUUGCAAACGAACAAACAGUCCAGCAGGUCUGUGAUCAGCUCCUGGGAAGUUACCAACACGGGUUAAACCUAAUUAAGCAGAACACAGAACAAUCCACAUUCACUUUUCCAAAGGCUGUUUUGGAAAACCCAGAUCAGGUACUUGAAGAGUGGAUUCGUGAGUCGUACACCACAAAACGUUGA